AUGCCUCCAAAAACUGCAGGGAAACCUGGAGGACGAUCCAAAAAAGAUAUGCUCCAAGACGAAACCACAGAAAAAGUAUAUAGACUGUACAGAAAAAAUCUCCAAGCAGCUGGCCUUGCCAUGCCUCGUAAGCUAAUAGAAAAAUUCAUUAUUUUAAGAGAUGAAAAAACCCCAGGAAAUCUAGAAGAGCUUGCCCUAUGAGAAAACAUCGGCCCAGAAGGAAUGAAAUGUCUAGCAGACGCCCUAAGAGAGUAUGACUAUAAAUACUUAAAAGAAGUUCAUCUAUGGGAUGCUGGAAUCGAAGAUGAAGGUGCAAGGUCUCUAUCCAUGUACUUAAUAAACGCUAUCUCAAUGAGGACUAUUGAAAUUGUGAAUAGUAAAAUCAGUCCUUUAGGCUGUGAGUUCAUAGGCCAAAUUUUUGGUAUCGGUUCAAGAAAUUUUAUAUUGAGCUUAAAGCUAGACUACAAUAACUUUGGCGAUGCAGGGGUAGAGCUGCUUUCUAAAGGGCUUCGGCUAAACCAAACUCUAUUUCACUUAAGCCUCGCGUUUUGUGGAAUAACAGGAGAAGGCGCAAGAUUCAUCAUGGAAAUCAUCAUUAAUCAGCAAUGCAAUAUUAAAGAUCUAAAUCUUCAAGGGAAUUGUUUAAGAAACCAAGGAGUCGUUAUUUUAUUUAGAGGGUUAAUGAUAAACAGCUCAGUUGUGUCAGUAGAUUUGACUGAUAAUCAGUUUGGAGAAGAAGAAUUAGUCCUGACAACUCUGAGAAAUUUGGUUUUUACUAAUAAAACUCUAAAAACUUUGGAUUUUACCCAUAAUGGAUUUUACGAGACUGGCGCACAGUUUAUUCUUGGGUUUUUGACUGAGAAAAAUGAUGAAGGAGCUGACAUUGUCUACGCCAUAAACGAAAUUAAGCUGCCAGAAAAAAUAUCACGAGACACUCUAAAAGCAAUUGAAAAAGCUAUCAAAGACAACAAAAAGCUGAGAACUAAAGGGAAAAAGAAGAAAAAAGGUAAGAAGAAAGGCAAGAAAAAGAAAUAA